AUGUCCGACAUCCGUGAAGAACGGACCCCCGCCCAGGGCGGUGUGGUCUCGAGCGAGAAGCCCGCUCCCAUCGUCGACGCCCAACCCGACGGCGCUGACUACAAUGAGCACGUUGAGAAGGACUUCAACGUCACCGAGGACGAUCUCCUCGAGGCUAAGGAGCUCGCCUCGCUGAUGUCCCUUGAGGAGGUCCGCGAGAUGAUGUUCAACGUCCACAAGAUCCACGAGAAGGACCCCAACUUCCCGCUCAUCAUUAUCGAGAAGAUCGAGGCGUUCCUCUCCAACGAUGACGUCUUCGAGAACCCCGAGAAGCACGAGACCCUGAUCCAGGAGAUGAAGCUCGAGGCUGCCCUCAUCACCGGCAACUCGCCCUACGCCGAAGUGCGCGCUGUCGUCGAUAACCACGACGACCCUGAGACGCCCGUAUCAACCCUCCGCGCCUGGACUAUUGGUCUCAUUUUCUCCGCCCUGCUCGCUUUUGUCAACCAGCUCUUCUCGGUCCGUUACCCCUAUAUCACUAUUUUGGCCAACGUUGCCCAGCUGCUUGCCUUUCCCCUGGGCAAGCUCUGGGAGAAGACCCUGCCCGAUAUAGGAUUCUCCGUUGGCAGCCAGCCUUUCUCGCUCAACCCAGGCCCUUUCAACCGCAAGGAGCACAUGCUUAUCACGAUUAUGGCCAACGUUGCCUACAAUAUUCCAUACACCAACUACAUCAUCUGGACCCAGUGGCUGCCCAAGUUCUUCAAUCAGUCGUACGCCGCCAACUUUGGUUACCAGCUGCUCAUCUCGCUCUCUACCAACUUCAUCGGAUACGGUCUCGCCGGUCUUUGCCGUCGUUUCCUCGUAUAUCCCUCAUACUGCGUAUGGCCUGCGUCCCUUGUGACAAUCGCUCUAAACUCUGCUUUCCACACCGAUAAGAAUACCACCGUCGACGGCCCUUUCGGCAGCGUCUGGCGUGCCAGCAGACAGAAGUUCUUCUACGCUGCUUUCGGUGCCAUGUUCGUUUGGUUCUGGUUCCCCAACUACCUUUUCACGGCUCUCAGUACCUUUAGUUGGAUAACCUGGAUCGCACCCAAGAACCGUGAUCUCGCCACCGUCACUGGUUUCAAUAGUGGUCUUGGUAUCAACCCCUUCCCGACCUUCGACUGGAACAUUCUCUUGUACGACAACACUGAUCCCUUGAUGGUUCCCUUCUUCUCGACAUUUAACAAGUUUCUCGGCGCGUUCUUCUCCAUGUUCAUCGUACUGGCUAUUUGGUACACCAACACUUACAACACGGGAUACCUGCCCAUCAACUCCAACAAGGUCUACGACCAUUUCGGAGCCCUCUACAACGUAUCUCGUGCCGUCAACGAGCACGGUCUCUUUGACAAGGAGGCGUACGAGGCCUACUCUCCCCCUUUCCUGGGAGCCGCCAACAUCACAAUCUACAUGUUCUUCUUCGCCAUCUACACUGCCACCAUUACCUACGCCAUUCUGUACCACCGUCACGAGAUUUCUCUUGGCUUCAAGGCUCUGAUUGGCAGCUUCAAGAAGAACAGCGAUAUUGAGAAGGAUCAGGUCCUCGAUGUCCACAACCGUCUCAUGAAGGCCUACCCUGAGGUUCCCGAGUGGUGGUACCUGUCCACCUUGGUCGUUGCCAUCGCCCUUGGCUGUGCCGGUAUCGCCGCCUGGCCCACUUAUACUACCGUCGGUGUCGUCUUCUACGGUAUUAUCCUCUGCCUCAUCUUCGUCAUCCCCGUUGGUAUAAUCAAGGCCAUGACUGGUAUCGAAGUCACACUUAACGUUCUUGCCGAGUUCAUUGGUGGGUCUUGGGUCGAGGGUAACGCUCUGGCCAUGAACUACUUCAAGUCCUUUGGCUACGUCACGUGCGCGCACGCCGUCUGGUUCUCCAACGACUUGAAGCUCGCGCACUACGUCAAGAUCCCCCCCCGCCACACUUUCUGGGCUCAAAUGAUCGCGACCUUCGUUUCUACAUUAGUUUGCCUUGCAGUCCUGAAGUUCCAGAUGUUUUCGAUACCUGGUAUCUGUACGGAGGAUGCCAAGUUCAAGAUGACUUGCCCCGGUAUCAACACCUUCUUCACUGCCUCUGUCCUCUGGGGUACCGUCGGACCCAAGAAGAUCUGGGGUGCUGGAGGCCAGUACACUGCGACUCUGCUCGGUUUUCCUCUUGGUGUCUUCAUUGUCCUCUUCUUCUGGGGUCUCAACAAGGUUUUCCCCAAGUGGAAGUGGGUUCGCCAGAUUCACCCCGUCGCCAUCUUGUACGGUUGUCUCGUUUGGGCUCCUUACAACAUGUCUUUCGUCUGGCCCUCCGUUCCCAUUGCCUAUUUCUCUUGGGUCUACCUUAAGGGUCGUUUCCUGGGUCUCUGGUCCAAGUACAACUUUGUCCUCUCUGCCGCCUUCUCUUGCGGUAUUGCCAUCUCCGGUAUCGUCAUUUUCUUCGGCCUUCAGUGGCAGGACAUUGAGGUUGAGUGGUGGGGCAACACCGUCGUCUCCGAGGGUUGCGAGGGCAAGGCAUGCCGCCUUCUCACUCUUGCCGAGGGCGAGUACUUCGGCCCCCGCAUUGGCGACUUUCAUUAG